AUGUCCAACCCAACCUCCACCUCUGACAUCUCUAACGUCGCCUCCGGACAGUCCACCGGAAGCGUCUCCGUCUCCGCCACCAAGGAGUCUACUCACUGUGGUACCGUCCCCGAGACCACCAAGACCACCAAAAAGAAGCAUACUACCGCCAUUACCAUCGGCGAGAGCGAGAUCACUACAACUGACCCCAAGGAGGACAAGAAGAUUGAGAAGAAGAAGUACGAGCCCAGGGGCUGA